CACAUUUUUUCGUUCACAGAAAUGUGAGUAGUGUGUUCCUGAUGCAGAGGGAACCAACUUGAAAGUGCCCGGAUCAUUAAUGAAAAUUUGUAUCCUGUGCUUUAUCUCGGUUGUGUUUCGGAUAGUUCAAGCCCUAUCCUCAGCGUCUUUGCACGAGUAUUGCAACGAUCCCGAUCGAAUCGGCGUAAUCGGCGGAGUUCACAAUCGGUUGGUUGCGGAAGGUGGACAUAUCACUCUAACCUGCUGCGUUCCAGGAACCACCAAUGGACACGACCAUGAGCAACUAGUGUGGCUCGACCCCCGGGGGACUGAGCUGACAAACCACUUUGCUAACCCGCAUUCGCAGUCUCGGCAUGGAGCCUAUUCUGUGCCGGACUUUCGUUCUUCGAACCAUCUGGUGUCAACACUGGUGAUCCCAAAAAUUCGAGCAGAUGAAGCCGGUGAGUAUACUUGCCGUAAAGCCAACGAGAAUUCAACGCUCGAGGCUGCAGUCGUAACUUUGGAUUUGCGGCCUCGACUUUUGGCGGAUUAUAUGCCACUGGCGCCGACAAGCGUCAAAGAGUCAGAGGCAGCUGUUGUGGCUGGUCGUCCGGUGUUUGUUGCCCUGGAGGAAGGUCGCGAGGGAGAACUCGAGUGUCGUAUCAAUCCGAAUCUGACAGUAGACGAUGUUCAUCUGACGUGGUACUUUCAGGGACGUCAAUUAAUCGCUCCUGCUUCUGCUAUUGUUGGUAGCAGAUUCCACCAAUCCUACGAUAAUGAACUCCCUUCAUCUGUAGUCGAACCGGAGCAGUUUAUGAACGAGGAGCGACCGGUGGAAGAUAGUCAAAUGUACAGACUUCCGUCUGGCGGUCGCCCUCUCUCAGUGGAUCCAAGCGAACUUGGAAUUUGGCUCCUUGAGAAUGGACAGGUACUACAGAUACGUCAAGUCGGCGAUCGACAUGCGGGUACCUAUCUUUGCAAAGCCGAGGCGUUGAACCCAGAUUGGUCUUUUCAACCUGCUCGAUACGGAAAACCAGCGGAAGAGCGUGGCACCAUCGACUCUCCGGUGCUCAUACAACUGCAAGCCAUACGUGGAAUCGUCUUUGUACCACCGCGUUUAGUUCCUGGAAACCCGAUGGAAGUGGCCACAUCAUCUUUGCAAGGGCCAACUUUCGUCCGUGAAAUGAUGGACUACCGGUCGUUUGUGAAACGUGACGACACGCCUCCAUUCAUGUCUCCAGCACAUCGGUAUUACAUGAGGCCCAGAUCUAAGAAUAUGCUUGACUCGUCCCAACAGACUUACAGGAGCUCGAUUGAGAAGAUUCGUCCUGUGGCUCAUGAAGGGCACGACAUGCUUCUUGAGUGCCAAGCUCGUGGCAAACCAAGUCCAAAGCUUUUGUGGUAUCGUGGCGGGACUAGCGCAAAUAUGCUGGUUGCAUCGAAGGCAGUCACAUUUGACCAGCGUGUCAAAGAGGCCAUGCAACAUGUUCCGUUGUAUGAGGUUCAAAAACAGUUGGGAAUCCUGAUUGCAGAUGGCGAACGUCUUCUACCCGUUUUCCAAGGUGCAAAUGACAAAUCUGAAGAGAGCGGGCAACAAGCACAGAGGGUAACAGGAACUUCACUCAUUGAUGCCAACGAUACAACCACCCGAACAUAUCAUUUAGGGCGCUACGAUUUGUCGGUGGGUGUUCGGACAGACGACACUGGCGAUCCGGUUAUCACGGUAUCCAGAUUGGGUGUGCGCAAACUAAGACCAUCGGAUGCAACUCGUUAUACGUGUCUGGCUUUGUUAAACUUGGAGGAGUAUGGUGGAAGAGGUAAUUACACAGACGUUGGGAGCGUGUUCCCGGAAAUUGUGCUUCGGCCCAGAUUCAUUAGAUCGGGGACACAUUUGCAGGCAAGUGGUUACCCUGGACACAACGCAACGCUCACAUGUGAGGCGUAUGGUGGAUUGCUAAAUUCUCAUGGACUUCGAAUACGUCUUUUACGUGGAACAGGUGUUCCAAGAUUGAUCAGACUCCUAACGGGUUCAAGACACCGCCUCUAUCCUUCCGAGAGUAUACCGUACGCACCCAGCAGGACAGAUGCAAAAGAUGACUACUCCGAUGCGAUCGUAUUCAAACCGGGUCCAUCUCUUGAACCGUACGAGAUGGGUAGUGGCCGACGUCUUGGAGACAUAACCGAUUUUCAGCCCAUUUUUGGAAACGGCACUAUCGACGUUGUAUCGCAGGUUGAUGAUCCUCGGUAUAACCUAACGGUUUCGUCAGAUCCCAGAAAUCCCUAUAUGAGCACCCUCAGGCUACACGUCUAUGGUGAGUGUGAUACUGUAUUGAUUGUCUAG